AUGUUCGACCAUACUCAGUACCCCUAUAAUUGCUUUAACUAUGAUGGAGAUGAGUAUCCGACCUGCAGCUCCGACGAGGAAAAGAAGUGCACCAGGCCGGCCUAUAGCUACAUUGCACUGAUUGCCAUGGCCAUCCAGCAGAGUCCGGACAGCAGAGUCACCCUGUCUGGUAUAUAUGACUUUAUCAUGAAGAAAUUCCCUUACUACAGAUCCAACCAAAGGGCUUGGCAAAACUCCAUAAGGCACAACCUGUCGCUCAACAGCUGUUUUGUUAAGGUUCCACGAACAGAAGGGAAUGACAAAGGGAAGGGAAACUAUUGGUCUUUUGCUUCGGGGUGCGAGUCGAUGCUUGACCUUUUUGAAAACGGGAAUUAUAAAAGAAGAAGAAGAAGACGAAAUAUGAAAAAAUCUCAGAAAGACAGAAGACAAAGCCUGACUAAAAACCAUCAUUCUGGAGAAUUUACCUUGGUGGGAUCUUCCGAAGAAACAGCGCCCAGCCAAGAAAACAGAACUGAACCAAGAACCAGACCGGUGGACUCUCACAUCAUGUUCUCCAGCAACAUCUCCACCAGACAGAGUCAACCGAGCUCAGGCCUUGGAAAAACAGAAGAGAUCAAAUUUAGUAUUGAUUAUAUUUUAUCAUCUCCAGGCCCUUUACCGAUUCUGAGACCCCAACAUAAUAUUCUUGAAAACAAAUUCCAUAUUUUGGACUCUCAUUCGAGGAACCUUCACCUCUGGAAUCUAUGA